AUGACUUUAAUCCGCAGACGUUCAGCUGCUAUAGUUCCGUUUGUCAAAUUAGAUCAAUCAAGUAAAAUUCAGAAAGUUAGAGCUACUAUAUUUUCCCUUUGGAAAGUCAAGAACAGAGAGUCUGGUUUUGUUAUAGAAAUGGUUCUGAUUGACGAAGAGGGCACUAGGAUUCACGCUACUGUUGAUGAAGAAUUGAUCGCAAAACAUAAAGGCAUCCUUAUAGAAGGAAAAUCACUUUCUAUUAAUUGCUUCAUCAUUAAAGAAUACUAUGGUGAUUUUAGGACUACUCCAUUACCAUAUAAGAUCGCUUUGUGCAGAACCACCCGUGCUAAGGAGAUUACUGAUUUCCCAUUAGACUUGCCAGAAAAAUAUUUGUCUGAUUUCAAGUCAAUCAAGGAAGACAAACUCUACAGAAACAUCCUCAUCGAUGUCAUUGGAGAAAUUGUCACGGUGGAGAGUAUGGAAGUUAUUAAAACUAAAGGCAAAAGUGGGAUCAGCGAGAAAUUGAUGAUAACACUCCGGGAUACCAAUAUAUGUGACAUUUUAAUAUCAAACGCUUUCAACUCCACCAAAAUUCUGUUCGAUCCUAGCGUCAAGAUCGUGAAAGACUUCAGAGAAAAGUAUGUUGCCAAAAAACAAUCAAAUGAUGUGCAUGCUGAACAGAGUUAUUCGAUUUCUUGGGGUGGUGCUAUUGACUACCGUGAAGAAUUUUUAGGUAUGAAAAAUAGGAGACGGACGAUAGCUGAAAUUCGUGAUACAAAAGUGCCUGGCAAGAUUGUAACAUGCGUAACGGUCAAAGACGUUGACACUUCAAAGCUUGGUAUUAUUAGGCAUGCAAACCUUGCAACAUCAAAGUUUUAG